AUGUCGUAUGCGUUUGAUGACUAUGAUGCUUUUCUAGCGUCUUUUAACAACAAUAACUACAAAGCGCCAAACAACAACAUGAACCAGAAUCAGCAGAUAUCCAUUGCCCAUGACCCUUCAUUAACUAAUUCAAUCACAUCUACUGAAGAAGAAGGUAUGCUAGAUCCAUAUUAUGACUUUGGUACAACUGCAAAUGGCGCCAACAAUAAUCAAAACAACAAUAACAACAACAUUAAUGGCAAUUUCUACCUGUCACCAGACUCUAUUAUUGGAACUUCAAACUCGAGUUCACCAAAUGAGUUUCAAUUAAACAAUGAAUUCAACUCAUUAGAUGGUGCAGCUGUUAAUGCUGGUGGUGAUUUUAACUAUGAUGAUGGUUUUAUGGAUCAAAACCAAAUCAAAAAGGAAUCCAUCUCAUCCACUGCUUCUUCUUCAACUUCUCCUGUUCCAGUCACACAACAACACAAUACCAGAGUUAAACUAUCUAAUGCUGUGCCACAUUCAACCAUUGGUAAAAGAGGUCCUAAGAAGGAAAAAUCCUCUCAUAAUAUGAUUGAAAAAAGAUAUAGAACUAAUAUUAAUGAUAAAAUCAAUGCAUUAAGAGAUGCUGUUCCAGCUUUACGUGUCUUGGUUGAUAGUGGUGAUGAUGAAGUUGAUGAUGAUGAAUUAGAUGGGUUACAACCAGCUAAAAAAUUAAACAAGGCCACCAUCUUGUCAAAAGCUACCGAAUAUAUCAAACAUUUAGAGCAUAAAAAUGAAGUUUUGAAAAAGGAAAAUGAUACUUUAAAACAUAGAUUAUAUGGUAUAAGUAAUGGGAAUAUAACACCAGAAAGUUCUGUUAGUUCAUAUUCCAGUGAAACUGUUCAAAAUCAAAAUGAUGGUAAUCGUGAUGGUAAUCGUGGUGGUGCUCAUCAAAAUCAAACUUCAUACACUAACAAAUUCUUACUCGGUGGGUUAGCUUGUAUGGUUGGUGCGGGCUUAAAUGAUGAUUUAAACCAUGUUGAUUCAACAAGAUCCUUAUUUGCCUUACCAGUUUUCAGUUUUAACCAACAGGGCUCUCAAGUUGUCGGUAAGCCAUUGUUGAUUUUGUUCAAGAUUGGUUUGAUUUUAUGUGUUUUAUUGAAUUUUGUUUUCCCAGCUAUUUUCCAAUCUAAAAAGAAAGUUGGUGUUGAAACUUCAGAAGUUGUUGAUACCGAAGAUAUUGAAGAUGUUAGAAACUUGUCAAAAUUUUCAAUUUGGAAAACUUUCAAAUCUACAAAAGAUAGUUCUAAUAAUGACUAUGUCAAGAAUUCAAUCAUCAGAUGUUUGAAAUUGAAAAUUGAAGCUAUGAAUCAAAAUUUCAUCAAUCAAAAAUUGAUUAAUUUUUAUGUUGAACAUUUAUGGAAUUACUCAAAACAAGUUCAAUUAGAUUCAAGUGAAUCAAAUUUUGAAGAUUUGAAUUUAAUUUUAUCAUUAAACAACAAUGAAACUAUUCAUAAUGAAGAAUAUUUAAAGAAAUUGUUGAACUUUGAAGUCAAAUCAAACUUGGAAGCUGAAUUAGAAGAUGAAGAAUUUACAAACAAUUAUUCAGUCAUCCAUAUUCUUUAUGAAAUGAUUAAUGAAACUAAAACCAAUUCUAUUUUGGCCAAGUUUAUGAAUUCUACAAUCAAUUCAUCAUUUCAACCAACAGAAACUAAAACCUUAUCUGAAUAUAUCAAUGUUGAAUUAACUACAUUAUUCAAUCCUACAGAUGAAAACAUUUCCAAACUAAAAGAAAAUUUAUCAAAAUUAAACAUUAAUGGAGUUAAAGAUGAUGAAAUCUUUAUAAUGUAUGCUUCAAUUAUUCAAAAUUUGAUAUUCAUUAAAAAAGAUUUUAAAAGUGCUCAAAAAUGGUUUAAAAAAUUAGAUUUGAAAUUGAUCAACAAAUUUAAUUUGUUAGGAUUUACUUCAUUAUAUAUAAUCAUAUUGAGUAUGACUAAAUAUCCAGAAUUAUAUCAAGAUGAUCAAGAUAUAAUUUUGCAAAUUGAAGAAAUUUCUGGUAUAUUAAGAAUUUGGUUAGGAAAUACUUCAGGAUCAAGUUUGAAAUUUGAUAAAAGAUCACAAUUGAUUGAAUUCUUUGUUAAUGUUAAUUUAAAAAUCAAUGGAUUAGAAAGUUUAAAUGGGAACCUUAGAACUGUUGUUGUGUGA